CGAAUAUGAAUAAAUAAAUCAAGGUUCUUAAGCAAACUGUCACCAAUUUCCUUCUGUAAUCCAUACCCAUUUCAUUUCCAAGUUCUCUCUGACUCUGUUACUGUCCCAGCCAAUUGGCACGUUCCUGGUAUAUCCUUCCUAGGCAUCAACCAUUUCCUCUUUACAUAAAAAUGAAGGGACGAGUACGCUGGGAUGAAGCCAAUCUUAAUGAAAUCAACACAAACAAACCUGUAAGGAAAAAAAUAGACGAACCCAAGACACCAUAUCACCCAAUUCUUGGAGAAGAUGGUUCUUCUUCUUCCCCUCGGUGGGAUUCCUCUGAUGCAAUUAGUUAUGCUGCACAUGCUGAGGCUGUAAGGAUUGCAUUGAAUAAACUAGCUGUAACUCAAAAACUUUCUACGAAAUCUGGGGAAGCCAUGGACACAGAAGAAGGUUCUAAAAUUUCCAUUGCUAUGCAAGCAUUAAUUGUUUACGUAAUAUUAUUUUUUUUAGUGAUUUCUUUUCAGGUUCAGUGGAAAAGUUUGAAGAGCACAGAAGAGCUCGCAAUGACGAGUUCAAGAAAAUAAGAGAAGUGAAGCGAAAGGGUCCUUUCUGGAUGAUCAUGAAGAUUUAGAUGAUUAAUCAUCAAGGAAUUUGCAAUUCAUCCCAUUCUCAACCCAGUGGCAUUAAUGAAAUAUGUAUUUAUAAUGAGGAUGAAAUUCUCAAAACACCAAACAUUGAGGGAACUUUUAGUUCUUUGAAACUAAAAGGACAUGAAAUAAAAAUAACUUAUGAUUUGAUUAUAAUUAUAGGGAUAAUUGAUUAUCACA